GUUAUCAUCCCACGCUCUGUGUUUACCUGCUCCUCUGGAAUGCUCGGCUUCCUCCCUAUAAAUUGAAGCGGUCUCUCUCAGCCUUUGCCAUCAUUUUAAGAGCUCAAUCGGAGUGCCUCUUGCAUCUUUUACUUACCAGCCAUUGCCUUUCAUGGCGCUCUCCAAUUCUUUUCUGCCAUUUCUUCUGCUCCUUUUCAUCCUUUCAGUUCAUCUUGUCGAUUCUCGCCCCACACUUGAUCAUGAUUUGGUGAUGACGACCAAUGGGAGAUCUCUCCUUCAGGCGCCUAAGCCUACAAUAAACUGUGGAGAAGCGUGUGCGGUGCGGUGCAGCAAGUCUUGGAAGCAAAAGAUGUGCAAGAAGAUGUGUGGGGUUUGCUGCGGCAAGUGCAGCUGCGUCCCUCCUGGCACUUCUGCGGAAACUCGUGCCAUGUGCCCUUGCUACGCCAACAUGAGGAAUCCUAAAGGCCAGCUCAAGUGUCCUUAGAUGCCAUUCCUCUCCUCUCCUCUCGAAAUUUUAAGAUAAUAUGGCUGCUAAAUAUUAUAUAUGAACCAAAAAAAAUAAGAUAGAGAGUUGAGAGCAUUUGUACUGGAUGUUGGCAACCAGGCAAUCUUCGAAAUAAAAUAUGUUUAAUUUCUUUUGAAGGCCA